CAACCCCCCUUCUAGGUGGAGAGGGGUAAAAGCCCUGAAAAUACAUCGGGUUACCUGAUGCAGCAGUCUGAGACUCCGUUACUCUUCAAAAGCCGUAGCACUCCUCUGAUUCGGCUUCUGACCUGUACGUCACAUUUUGGGAAACCUUGUCAAUCAGGGUUCAUAACCUCAAGCUCAGUUCCUAAGAGGGGGUGGUGCAUCCUCCGUACAUCCGACCUGUGUGAUGGAGCCAUAGUCCGGGGAUAACGGCCGGGAGGAUAUAUAUGAUGCGGAACCGCUGGUGUUCUUAGUUGAUUCCGAAUGCUCCAGUCUCUCCUUCUUCUCUUUCAUCUUCUCUCUAAAUCUCUCCAGUCAUGCCUUUUCGAAUCCACCCCAAGAGCCUCUGGCAAGCUACGUCGAGGCUUGCAACCGUGUCACGUGUAACCAACCAAACUCCGCAUUGGAUCCGGCAAUAUGCCGCCCCAACAAUGGAGCAGCGGAAUCGGACGGCUAUUGUAACAGGUUCUUCUCGGGGAAUCGGUAAAGCAAUCGCCCUACGUCUUGCCCAGGAUGGAUACGACGUCUGCGUGAAUGAUGUACCAGCCAAUAAAUCCGGCGCUGAAGAAGUGGUAUCCGAAAUCAAAGGCAUGGGCCGGAAAUCAUUCUCCUACAUGGCUGACGUCUCGAACCUUCAAGAGGUCCAGGGCCUGGUAGAGGCUUCAGUAUCCGAGCUGGGGGCCUUGAACACAAUGGUUGCGAAUGCGGGGAUUGCUCAAGUCAAAGCGUUGUUGGACUUGACAGAACAAGAUCUUCGACGCAUGUUUGAAGUGAAUGUGUACGGCGUCUACAAUUGCUACUCAACCGCAGCAAAGCAAAUGAUCAAGCAAGGCAACGGAGGCAAGAUUCUUGGGGCGGCAAGUAUCGUCGCCUUCAAGCCCUUUGCCCUACUCUCCCAUUACUCCGCCAGUAAAUGGGCUGUCCGUGGCAUGACGCAAGCCUUCGCGAUGGAAAUGGCGACGCACAAAAUCACGGUCAAUGCUUACGCUCCCGGUAUUGUCGGUACUGCCAUGUGGGAUUUGAUUGACGAGGAACUCGGCAAGAUGAAGGGCGCAAAGAAGGGCGACACGAUCAAGAAGUAUAGCUCAGAGCUGAUAGCAUUGGGGAGGACCAGUGUGCCAGAAGACGUGUCCAAUACGGUGAGCUUUUUGAGUAGUCCGGAUUCGGAUUAUAUGACGGGGCAAACGAUUGUCAUUGACGGUGGGAUCAUCUUUACGUAGGGACAUCUAGAUGAAAAUGAUUGGUUCGUAUUUAGAGGCUUCCGUUUCUCACUUCAUCCGUUUGCUCUGCUAGAUUUAUGCUAGCAGUUGAUCGCGAACGCGAGUUUGAG